CGACUCCUUCUGGGGACGAAUGAGAGGAGAUGUGUGUGUUUGUGCUGCGGCUAUAAGGCUCCGUUGAACCAUGUCUCUGGAUGGAGGAGGAGGAAGAAGAGGAUUUUACUUCAACACCGUCCUGUCCUUGGCUCGGUCUCUGGCGGCUCACCGGCAGGCACCGAUAGACAAGGUCCAGAAGUUACAAUGCAUGUGCCCUGUGGACUUCAGGGGCGUAUUCCAGCUGGACGAGAGGAGGAGAGAUGCUGUCAUUGCACUGGGCAUUUUUCUUGUAGAGUCAGACCUGCAGCAUAAAGAUGCUAUCGUCCCCUACCUUCUGGGGCUGCUUAAAGGGCUGCCUAAAGUUCAGUGGAUUGAAGAAAGUUCUGAACGCAAAGGUAGAGAAACCCUGCCUGUUGCAGAGAACUUCAGCUUCGGUCUUGUGACACUUCUCUCAGAUGUCGCUCAGCGGGAUGAGAGCUUCCGAGGGCAGAUCCUGGAGACUGUCAUGGAUAUCAUGCAGUUGCUGCUUGACGUCUGCAAGUAUCCAGAGGCUCAUGAUAAAGAAUACCUGUGCAGGUACACAGUGCCCACCCUGCUCGGCUUAGCCCGAGCAUUUGGCCGAUACAGCAACACUGAAGAACCUUUGCUGUCCAAGCUGUUCCCUCGACCAGUUGGUCCUGUGCUGCCUACGGGCGAUGAAACUGACGCUGCUCACCGUAGGUCCUUCAACGACUUCCGUUCCAUCCUGCCAAGCUCUUUGCUCACGGCCUGCCAGUCAGACACUCUGAAACGUAAAGGCUCAUCGAAUGCAUCACAACAGGCCAGUCCAGAGAGAGCAGGCCUGAGCCCCAGCUCACCUGCGGAUCCCUCUGUGCAGUACUUUGAAGGCUCGUACCUCCCCGAUGGCAGUGCAGUGGACCCUGAUUACUACUUCUCCACCAUCAGCUCCAGCUUCUCUGUCUCGCCUCUUUUCACUGGAAGCAGCUCUGGAGAAUUUCAGGUCCCUCUGGAUAUGCUCAGACAGCUCCUUCAUAUGGUUGAACAAAUUGUCUCUGAGUCGUUUUUAAAAGCACUGGAUGAUACCUUGGCAGAAUUUAAAGAGUUGAAUCCUGGUAUUCAUCUCUACUACAAAACCUUCAGUGAUCCUCUUUAUGUAGCCACCUUUAAAAUGCUGAGAGACACCCUGUACAAUUUGAAAGAUCUGCAGACAGAUUAUGUAAAGGAGGUCCAUGAUUUCGUGCUGGAGCAGUUCAGCAGCAGCCAGUCGGAGCUGCAGAGGAUCCUGCAUGAUGUUGAAUACCUCCAAAGUGAAUUGAGUCCACUCAAACUGCGCUGUCAGGCCAAUGCUGCCUGUGUGGACCUCAUGGUGUGGGCUGUUACCGAGGAGCAGGGAGCUGAGAACCUUUGCACCAAACUAUCAGAGAAGCUGCAGUCUAAGACAUCCAGUAAGGUCAUCAUCGCUCACAUGCCCCUCCUCAUUUGCUGCUUACAGGGAUUGGGUCGUUUGUGUGAGCGCUUCCCUGUGGUGGCUCAUUCUGUCACCAUGUCACUGAGAGACUUUUUGGUGGUGCCCUCUCCUGUAUUGGUGAAGCUGUACAAGUACCACAGCCAGUACACGCCAGCCGGUGGCGACAUAAAGAUCCAUGUGACGAACGAACACUCCCAGUCAACCCUCAGCACCAAUGCUAGCAAGAAGAGCCAGCCCUCUAUGUACGAGCAGCUACGGGACAUCUCCAUAGAUAACAUAUGCAGGUGCCUGAAAGCAGGACAGACAAUGGACAAUGUCAUCGUUGAAGCUUUCCUCGCCAGUCUGUCUAACCGUCUCUACAUCUCUCAGGAAAAUGACAAGGAGGCCCACUUGAUCCCCGACCACACCAUCAGGGCUUUGGGUCACAUUUCCGUGGCCUUGCGGGACACCCCCAGGGUUAUGGAGCCCAUCCUUCAGAUCCUACAGCAGAAGUUCUGUCAGCCCCCCUCCCAGCUCGAUGUGCUUAUCAUAGACCAGCUUGGCUGCAUGGUCAUCACAGGCAAUCAAUACAUCUACCAGGAGGUGUGGAAUUUGUUCCAGCAGAUCAGUGUCAAGGCCAGUUCCAUGGUGUAUUCUAACAAAGACUACAAGGACCAUGGAUACAGACACUGUUCCUUGGCUGUGAUAAAUGCUCUGGGUAACAUAGCAGCGAACGUUCAGGCUGAACAGAUGGUCGACGACCUGCUCGUCAACCUCCUGGAGCUUUUUGUACAACUGGGCCUAGAGGGGAAGAGGGCCAGCGAGAGAGCGUCAGACAAAGGUCCAGCUCUGAAGGCAUCGAGCAGUGCCGGAAAUCUUGGUGUCCUGGUUCCAGUUAUUGCAGUUCUGACUAAGAGGUUGCCACCGAUUAUGGAAGCAAAGCCACGUCUGCAGAAGCUCUUCAGGGACUUCUGGCUCUACUCUGUUGUCAUGGGAUUUGCGGUGGAGGGUUCAGGUCUGUGGCCAGAGGAGUGGUACGAAGGAGUUUGUGAGAUUGCGACCAAAUCACCAUUGCUCACGUUUCCCAGUGGAGAACCUUUGCGCUCAGAGCUGCAGUACAACUCUGCACUGAAGAAUGACACCGUCACCGCAGCGGAGCUGAACGAUUUGCGAAGUACCAUCAUCAACCUUCUGGAUCCUCCUCCUGAGGUGGCAGCACUCAUCAACAAAUUGGACUUUGCCAUGUCGACAUAUUUGCUGUCAGUUUACAGACUGGAGUACAUGAGGAUGCUGCAUUCUCCGGACUCUGAUCGUUUUCAGGUCAUGUUUCGAUACUUUGAAGACAGAGCAAUACAGAAGGAUAAAUCUGGCAUGAUGCAGUGUGUGAUUGCUGUUAGUGACAAGGUUUUCGAGGUCUUCCUGCAUAUGAUGGCUGAUAAGGCAAAGACCAAAGCCCAUGAGGAGGAGCUUGAACGCCACGCUCAGUUUCUCUUGGUCAACUUCAACCACAUCCACAAGAGGAUCCGCAGAGUGGCUGACAAAUAUUUGUCCGGCCUGGCUGAAACUUUCCCCCACCUGUUAUGGAGUGGCAGAGUGCUGAAGACCAUGUUGGACAUACUGCAGACACUUUCUCUCUCGCUCAGUGCAGACAUUCACAAAGAUCAACCCUAUUACGACAUUCCAGACACACCUUACAGAAUCACUGUCCCAGAUACGUAUGAAGCCAGAGAGAGCAUAGUGAAGGAUUUCGCUGCUCGCUGUGGGGAGAUCCUUAAAGAAGCUAUGAAGUGGGCUCCAUCUGUGACCAAAUCCCAUCUACAGGAGUAUCUGAACAAAUAUCAGAACUGGGUGUCGGGUCUCUCCCAGCACACAGGCCUGGCAAUGGCCACUGAGAGCAUCCUGCACUUUGCCGGUUAUAACCGAUACAGCACAACUCUGGGGUCCACACAGCUGACUGAGAGGCCAGCCUGUGUGAAGAAGGACUACUCUAACUUCAUGGCCUCCCUCAACCUCAGGAACAGAUACGCUGGAGAGGUAUCAGGUAUGAUACACUUCAUCCAGGCAGUUAAGGGAAAGUCCGAUCUGAGCCGGCUGAUGAUCAAGCAGAUGGGAGAGGCUCUGGACUCUGCGCAGCCUGAGGCCUUCACAGAGGCCAUGUUCAAACUGGCUGCAUUACUCAUCAGCAGCAAAGAGUGUGAUCCUCUGCUCCUGCACCACCUCUGUUGGUCCCCUCUCAAGAUGUUUACGGAGCAUGGCAUGGAAACAGCUAUUGCUUGCUGGGAGUGGCUGCUGGCUGCACGUGUUGGAGUGGAAGUACCGUUUAUGCGUGAAAUGGCGGGAGCGUGGCAGAUGACAGUGGAGCUGAAGAUGGGACUGUUUUCAGACACUCAGGUGGAGGCUGAUCCCCUGGCUGCAUCAGAGGAGAGUCAGCCUGUCCCCUGCCCUCCAGACGUUACCCCUCACAACCUAUGGAUCGAGUUUCUAGUGCAGAGGUUUGAGAUAGCUAAAUAUUCCAGCGCAGAUCAAGUGGAGAUAUUCUGCAGUUUACUUCAGCGCUCACUGUCUCUCAACGUAGGCGGGGCUAAGAGUAGCCUCAACCGCCAUGUAGCUGCUAUCGGACCCCGUUUCAGGCUGCUGACUCUGGGUCUGGCUAUGCUUCACUCUGACGUUGUCACCAACGCAACCGUAAGAAAUGUGCUCCGAGAGAAGAUCUACUCCACAGCCUUCGAUUACUUCAGCGUGUCUCCUAAGUUUCCCACCCAAGGUGACAAGCGUCUCCGCGAGGAUAUCAGUAUCAUCAUCCGUUUCUACGCCAGCAUCUUGUCCGACAAGAAGUACCUGGCAGCCUGCCACUUGGUCCCACCUGGUGAGCUUGGCACUACCCCAGCCCCAAGUACGCUCUCUGCCGGGAUAUUUGGAUCGCUUAUCGUGUCCAGCACUUCUCCGAUAUCUCUAUUAAAUAAUCAGGAUCCGUCCUUGAAUAGUCUGUCGGUGAUGAACGCCGCUGACCUCAGGAGCAGCGUGGACUCCAGCUCUCGCUCCCAGCAGAGCAGCCAGGGAUGGAUCAACACCUACCCGUUGUCCAGUGGCAUGUCCACCGCAUCCAAGAAAUCAGGCCAGUCCAAGAAGACUAACAGAGGGACACAACUUCACAAAUACUACAUGAAACGCAGGACCCUGCUGCUGGCCUUACUGGCCAGUGAGAUCGAGCGGUUGACGACAUGGUACAACCCGCUCUCCACUCAAGAACUGGCCAUCGCCACAGAGCAGUCAGUGGAGACCAGCAUCGCCAACUGGAGAUCUAAAUACAUCAGUCUGACUGAAAAACAGUGGAAGGACAACGUCAACCUGGCCUGGAAUAUCGCACCUUACCUGGCUAUGCAGUUACCAACUAGGUUUAAGAAUGACGCCAUUGUUGCUGAAGUGACCAGGCUGGUGAGACUGGACCCUGGAGCUGUCAGUGAUGUACCUGAGGCUGUCAAGUUCCUGGUGACGUGGCACACCAUCGAUGCUGACUCUCCUGAGCUGAGCCAUAUCCUAUGUUGGGCCCCAGCGGACCCGCCCACUGGCCUGUCCUACUUCAGCAGCAUGUACCCUCCUCAUCCUCUAACUGCUCAGUAUGGGGUUAAGGUGCUGCGCUCCUUUCCUCCAGAUGCCAUCUUGUUCUACAUUCCUCAAAUUGUACAGGCUCUCCGUUAUGAUAAGAUGGGUUACGUGAGGGAGUACAUUCUGUGGGCGGCACAGACGUCUCAGCUUCUUGCCCACCAGUUCAUCUGGAACAUGAAGACCAACAUUUUCUUGGAUGAAGAGGCCCACCACAAAGAUCCCGACAUCGGGGAGCUGUUGGAGCAGAUGGUGGAGGAGAUCACAGGUUCUCUGUCGGGUCCGGCCAAAGACUUCUACCAGAGAGAGUUUGACUUCUUCAACAAGAUCACCAAUGUGUCCGCCAUUAUCAAGCCGGUUCCAAAGGGAGAGGAGAGAAAGCGAGCGUGUCUCAAAGCACUGUCAGCUAUCAAAGUCCAAGCAGGCUGUUACCUUCCCAGUAACCCUGAAGCUAUAGUGCUGGACAUUGACUACAAAUCCGGAACACCCAUGCAGAGCGCCGCCAAGGCGCCCUACCUGGCCAAGUUCAAGGUGAAACGGUGCGGCGUGACUGAACUGGAGAAGGAGGGUCUCCGCUGCCCCGCAGACUCUAUGGACGACGGAGAGGAAAAUCCAGAUGGGGCCCGCAGGAUUAUCUGGCAAGCUGCCAUCUUUAAAGUGGGAGAUGACUGCAGACAGGAUAUGCUCGCUCUGCAGAUCAUUGGGCUUUUUAAGAAUAUCUUCCAGCUGGUGGGCCUAGAUCUGUUUGUCUUCCCAUACAGAGUAGUGGCUACUGCACCAGGGUGUGGCGUGAUUGAGUGCAUCCCAGACUGUAAGUCUCGUGAUCAACUUGGCCGACAGACAGACUUCGGGAUGUACGAUUACUUUCGUAACCAGUACGGAGAUGAAUCCACCCUUGCCUUCCAGAAGGCUCGCUAUAACUUUAUCCGCAGUAUGGCCGCCUACAGUCUUCUGCUUUUCCUGCUGCAAAUCAAAGACAGACACAAUGGCAACAUCAUGCUGGACAGCAAGGGCCACCUCAUCCACAUAGACUUUGGCUUCAUGUUUGAGAGCUCACCGGGUGGGAACCUGGGCUGGGAGCCAGACAUCAAGCUGACGGAUGAGAUGGUUAUGAUCAUGGGAGGGAAGAUGGAGGCCACUCCGUUCAAAUGGUUCAUGGAGAUGUGUGUAAGAGGAUAUUUGGCCGUACGACCCUACAUGGAUGCAGUGGUUUCUUUAGUGACCCUCAUGCUGGACACUGGACUACCAUGCUUCAGAGGACAAACCAUUAAGCUCCUCAAAGGACGGUUUAAUCCACAAAUGAGUGAGAAAGAAGCAGCAGCGUUCAUCAUCAAAAUCAUCCAAAGCUGUUUCCUCAGUAGCAGGAGCAAAACGUACGACAUGCUGCAGUUUUACCAGAACCAAAUUCCUUACUAAGGACCUUCAACCGGACCUCCACUGUACGUGCAACACAAACGUCCCUACACAAGCAAUGCAACCCGAGGUCAUGUGCAUACCACUCUGCUCAGUUCUGAAUAGGAGCAGAAACAAUAAUGUGACACUUGGGUCCGUGUUCUUCGAUUUUAUUGUCUGAUUCUGUAAUGUACACCUGGGUUUUAAAACGGUUCUUUAUUUAACUUGAGAGUAGAGAGCAAUGUUCAACUUUAACCAAAAGAAGUAUUUGAAUCACCCUUUAAGUAUUUUCUUCCUGAGCUGUCAUUUGUUACUUGUCAAACAUGAACCUAACUACCAUGCGAGAGGAAGAUGGCCAUAUCAGGAGCCAUGUUUAUAGUUUAUAGUCUAUACAGCUGUCACAUUCAUUGUUAUCAUUUUGUUGUUACUAUGCUGUUAUCCACUUUUAUGCACUUUGAUUAGAGGUGAUUAGAGCAUUUACUGUAGAAGAUCACUGCUGUUUCCUCCGUGAUUUACUUCGAACUUGUAUAAUCAAAUGGUAAGAACAUAUUGCUAUUUAAAAAAAUCUUUUAACUGUUUUGCUUUGAUGCUUUCCCUCGAAAGUCAUUUCAAACCUCAUUUCAGCUUUUAGGUAGAAUCUGUUGUAUAGAGGUAUGGUGUCACUCAAGGAACUUGGUAACCCAGAACUUUAACUUUAAGAGCCAGUAGGAUUUUGAUGUUAACAGGUUCUGCCUUGCCUCGCCUGUGUGUUCAAACUAGUACAUGUUUGAUACAACACUGAGAAGGAGACUCCAGGAAAAACCCUGUGGUGUUUUUGUACUGUUGGGUGUACAUGUGGGACAGAAAACAAUGGAACAGGUUAUGUUAUGCUAAUGUCCCUGUAGCGUGCAGCAGGGCUGAAAAGGAAUCUAAAUCUUAAAUACUUUGUAUUAUUUUAUAUAUGGAGCACUUAGCGCCUAAGUCUUGUUCUGUGUGAAGGCUUCAUAGACACGGUUUUAACAACUAUAAACGUCUUUUUUUCAGUCAAUCAAAUUUUAUUUGUAAAGCCCAUAUUCACAAAUCACAAUGUGUCUCAUAGGUCUUUUAAAAUCUUUUAAUUCGUCUUUGAAUUAAUGUUUUACCCCAGAUGUUCAGGAUCGCAUUGAACUUGUUACACUGGUUCCCUCUCACCACAGCCCCCUGUGCUCUUUUAAUAUAGGGCUGUUCUUUCUGAAUCGCCAUCAAAAUUGGGGGAGCUCCCCUUUAAAUAAUUGCAAUUGUGCAAAAACAGAAAAAAAAUGAAUUUGCAUUCCUUCCCUAUUGACUUCCAGGGUUGGGGGAACAAUGGAAAUAAAACCAGAAGCUGUAACAAUGGCUGCAAGUUAAGUUCUGGGUCGUUAAGUUCCUGCAGUUGAAAAGGCCAGAUGGAAGGGUUUUGAUAAAGAAGCACAAAGGGUAGACCGGGGCUCUACACAACAGCCUGCAUAUUUCAGAUACAGAGUGGGAUUUACAAUAUUUAGUCCUGUGUCAGAAUACAUUUGUUGUAUGUGUCUGCACACCCUUUACAGUAUGUGUAACCCUGUCUGGGAACAUUCCUCUGUGAGUGUGAGACUUUUAACGAACCUCUUGGGUUCAGGUUUUUGUUGAAUGAUCUUGAUGCAGUUGAUGAAUAUGCCUAAAAAGCCAUUUCUCCUACCCUUGGUAGAAACUAUAGUAAUACUUGACAAAAGAUAACUAUAUGCAAUAUAAUCGUGUAUUUUGAUGCUGUAUUUGUGUUUUAUGUUCAUCAAAUGAAAUUUCUGUAAUUGCACCAUCCUGAUCAUUGUGUAUAAAGUGUUUUAUGUUGCAGCUAUAACUGACUGUCAUUAUGUACCUUAGGGGUUAACCCAACAUAUUUGAAUACACUAAAGUGUAUUGUUUUAAUGCCUCAUAUACACACACUUUUUGUUAUUGUUCUGACCAAUUAUUGACAGCCAUGUCAUUAAUGGGGUUUAUUUUUACUGUUGCUGUUAUUUUAAAUGUUUUCGUCAUCCUUAAAUGUCCACUUUUACACAGACUAAGAGUGUGUGUGUGCGUUUGAGUGUGUGCGUCCGUGUGUGUGUAUGCUCAGUUUGUGGCAACAUCAUUGCCAGUACAGACGAAUUUCACAGCUUUGAUUCUGUGAAAAGUCAUGAUAUCCAGAAUAAAUGUAUCAUUUCAUCAGUUAAA